UGGAGUUAUAUCAUGCAAACAAACUGGGUAAAGAAGACAUGAUAUAAAAUGGUAGCAAAAUUUUGAGACGUGUAGCGGAUUCUUUUUCCAUUUUCUCCAUUAAUUUUAUUUAUUUGAAAACAUGGGUGUUUGCAAGUGUAAACAACGUAACGUAACAAACCAGUUUUGCUAUGUUUGUCGAAUGAAUGUGUGCGAAUCUUGCAUGGUUAAGGACCAUCAACGAUGCAUCAUAAAAUCGUAUGUUCAUUGGCUUCAAGACAGUGACUUUAGUGCAACAUGUUCUCUAUGCUUGGAUACUAUUGAUACAGGAGAAGUAGUUAGGUUGACUUGUUAUGAUUUAUUCCACUGGGAUUGUUUAAAUGCAUGGGCUUUGAAAUUUCCUGAAAACACACCGAUCACGUCUUACCAAUGUCCUGAUUGUAAAGCACAACUAUUCCCACCAUCUGCUCUAGUAUCUCCAGUGGCAGAUGUCAUCCGUCAGCGAUUUGCUACUGUUGCUUGGGGAAGAAGAGGAUUAGGAUUACCCUCACAACACAAAGGUGUAACAAAUGCAACAACAUUACAUGCAACUACACCACAAGGUGGGAAUGAACCAUUGACUUCAACGCCUGCAUCCAAAUCAAGUUACAAGCCGAUUUCAUCUGCCAUAAAAACACCCUUUGUACCACUACCGAAACACCAACAACAGCUGUAUAUGCAAGAACAACAACAGCAUCAUCAACAACAACAAAACAUUGGCACAGCUGCGCCUUACAAUAGAGAAAAAUAUCAAAGCGAAGCAUCAAAUGCGCGAAAAGUUUACGAUACAACGAAACAGGAUGAUGAAAAGAUUACGAUGACUUACGAUCAUGACGAUAAUAAAUACAAACGAAAAGGUUUUAAACAUUGGAUUGGUAAUAUGCUCAACUUACGAAAAAAACCUUUCACUGCGAAGAAAGAAGCCAACCUGACCUUUAAAAGAAUGUUCAUUUUGUUAAUUUUAUUCGCCAUUACUUUCAUGACUAUAAUUUACUUUAUGUCCAGUGUUGGCCGCAGCAUGGCGAGGUCGGAUCCGAUGUUGGAUCCGAAUUUUAAUCCGCAUAUUAAAGUAGCGCCAGCACAACAGUUGUCCUAGUGGUUGGUUUAUCGCAUCAUGGAUUCGAUUUGGGUGUGGCUGGUGGAGAAAGAGGUUGUCCCCCUGUAUAAGUUGCAGUUUGUCUGCUAUAGUGAAUUUAUUCAAGGCAAUAGAAAAUUUAUUACUAGACCAGAUCAGCACAUCUUUAGGUUGUUCACAGUUAUUUACGAAUAAAACAGUUUUUAUCUUUGUUAUACUACACAAGCGUUCCUUUUUAUCCAGAAAUAGUUUUAUUUUAAAAAAUAGAACUCCUGCCGGAUUUACUGUCCCGAACUACGUUAUGGAAAAAAGUAUGAAAGUUUUUUGGAAGUCACCUAUAAAAUGACACUCAUAAAUUGUUCAUUGUUUUUCCUACAAUUUUGUCAUUCCCAGGCUCUUCUUCCACCUGCUUAAAGUAAAAAGGCUGGGUAAUUAAAUUUCAAAUUACAAACUUGCAUUUUAUUCAUUAUAUAUUAGCUGCAAUCCCUGAUUAACCUUUGUAGUGUGAAUGGUUUUUUUCAUAUAAGAAGCGUUCCUAUUUCUAAACAUCCAUGACGUGGACACAUUUUAUACCUUGAUGUUAUCAGCUUGUCAAUGUUGCAAUUUACUUUUUCAAUUUCUUUAAAAUUUUAUGUUCAAGUACUCAGAAGUACCUAAUCUCUGACAUUACGAUUUGUUUGUUUGUUUUUCGUAUUACCGUUGUCACCUCUUUUAUACACCUGUUAAAAUUUUUACAUACAACUGUUCCUUAGCAACUAAAUGUGCGUCUAAACCCUUCUUUUGAUCACUACGCAAUGAAACAAAAAAUACCCUUCGUUCAAGCUAGAGAAAUUUCUAUUUUUAUCUUCCUGGGUUCAAGAAUGUGAAAUAUUCUUUUUUCGUUGUUUUUUUUUUUUUUUACCCGUUAAAUUUAAAUAUGUGUAGAACUAUUUUUCUAAGAUUUCUUUCGAUGUAAGCAAAUUUCGUAUAGUGUGCUUAGAAAGUAAGAAAGAAAUUGUUGUAUAUAAUAUUGGACUGUUAUUUAGAAAUAUAAUGUCAUUACAACGAA